GACCGUAGUCGGCGAGCUCAGUCGCCGCGCGGCUCUCUGUUGAUAUCCUCGUGUCAACUGUCACCCAUUCCUGUCAAGUUAAGUCACCUAGUACUAAAGGAGUCUACCCUCUUAUCAAAAUUCAGUUCGAAGUCAUGAGCUUCCGAAGCGACGACGCGGCCUGUUCUGUGCUUGCAACUAGUUUCAUACGACACUGUGUGGUUUAAGAGGUGUAAACUAAAAUAAAAAUUAAGUUGUUCAUACGGGACUGUUUUUAAAGUGUUAACAAUAUGAACGCACUACCUGAGCUGCAGGAGUUGCUGCAGAAACCAAACAGUUCAUCGCUGCUCCGCGAUGAAAGGAAGGCCUCAAUCAUCCCCAGUCAAGGAAUAAGCAAAGAGAAGAACCAUGAUUCCAACGAAGAUAUCGGCCAGAAGGACGUGGUAUCCUUAAUAAUUGGCGACUAUGGUCGUUGGCAGCUGAUGAUGACGUUCCUCCUAUCACUGUUCUCUUUCCCGUGUACAUUUCACAUAUAUCUACCUACGUUUACGGUUAAAGCUACAAAAUUUUGGUGUCGAAGACCUGAAAACUUAUCAAGCUUGCCGUUAGAACAUUGGAUUAACUACAGCCAACCGGUCGACGCAUGUUCAGUACGCGUGCUGCCUGAUGGGAUUACUGCAGAAAGUAUUAUGAACAAUACGGCUCCCAUUUUAGAGUCAUUCGUGAGAUGCAAUGAGUGGGACUACGAUCGAUCAGAAGUUGGGGAUACUAUAAUAUCAGAAUGGGAUCUCGUGUGUGAUAGAGCAACACUAACUAAUUUAGCAGAAGUUGUGUUUCUAAUCGGAGUUGGAAUUGGAGGAGUUUUAGGCGGAUGGAUAUCAGAUAAAUUUGGCCGUAAAAAAAUACUCAUCGGUAUGAUGUUGGCUCAAAGUUUAUUAGCAAUCGUAUCCCUACUGAUGCAGUCGUACUUGCAAUAUGUUUUGGUGAGACUCGUGAUGGGCCUCGUCUCCGUAUCUGUAGUAUACGCGGCCUUUGUGCUCUCUGUUGAAUUAGUAGGUGGUGCAUGGGUGACGAUUGCUGGAGUCUGCAAUUUCUUCCCACUGCCUUUAGCGUAUAUAAUUGUAUCGCUGCUAUCAAUGGUCUUACCUAAUUGGAGAGAUUUACAACUGGCUUUAUCCUUACCCGGAUGUUUCCUGCUUGUACUAUGGUUCGUCUUGCCAGAAUCUCCGAGAUGGUUACUUAGCGUAGGUAGAACGCAAGAAGCCAAAAUGGUUUUAGAAAAAGCAUCAAAAUUCAAUAAGAAAGACAAUAUAGCUGAUAUUGACAAAUUACUUACAUUAAAUAAAUCUGAAAUCAGGACAGAAGAACCGAGUGUACUUAUGCUUUUUAAAGGAUAUUUAUUGAAGAGAACCUUUUGCCUAUUCAUUAUAUGGUUCUCUAUGACAAUCGCAUAUUACGGACUUUUGUUAAAUAUUGGUAAAUUUAACUUGGGCAAUUUGCACAUAACUUCAAUAAUACUCGCAGCUGUAGAAAUACCUGCAAUUGCUCUAAGUAUUCCAAUACUAUUCAAAGCUGGUAGACGCAUACCAAUUUUUGUCUCUAUGGUGGUUUGUGGACUUGCUUGUGUGGCGAGUGAAGUGUUCUCUAUAUCCUUUGAGGAUAAUUGGAUAAUAAUAUCAUGCCUCAUGCUCGGGAAGUUUGCAAUAGCAUCGACAAAUAUCAUGAUGCCAAUAUUCACAGCAGAACUAUAUCCCACAAUUAUAAGGAAUCUGGGAGUGGGCGCAAGUCAAAUAUCAUCAGGGUUAGCACUCAUCUGCAUUCCCUAUUUAUGGGAAUUGGCUAAGUUGAACGAACACUUACCAAUGGUUACGAUAGCAGCUCUUAGCGCCGCAGGUGGCGCCAUUGUACUAUUGCUACCAGACACAAUUAAGUCUAAGGAACCUAAGAGAUCGGCGAAUUCUUCGUGCAAUGGAACGUUUACCGUCACUGACGAUAGAGGGCAAUAGUUGAUAUAACAAAGCCGAAAGCUCAUGUGAUCAUUACAAAAUAGUAAAAAAGUGAUAGUAAUGUAUAUUCGUCUUUAUUUUAAGUGAAAUCCUUGUUUUCUAUGAUUUUAAUCUUCAUUUCUUUCAUAUUUAAGUACACAUUAUAAAUAUAAUUUUACUUUAACGAUUAUUUAGUAAUUAAAAGACACAAAUUGUAAAUUUUAGUAAAUAAAUCCAUCUAAAUGGUAUG